AUAAGAACCUGGUUGUGGGCAGACCUUGGAAUGUCCUCCAGUGAAAUGUAGCGUCAUAUGCCACUCUGAGCAGUGAUAAAAGAGACACACUCCACUCUCCCGGAACUUGGCUCAGAGGAAGAAUCAACCAGCAGAACAGAAGCUGUAAGACUUGCGAGUUGGUGGAGGAUCCUAGCUGAAGCGAUUUACGUUUGAUUUCACCCUGUGAUAAAGUGAGGAUUUAACUCAAGGCUCAAUCUCUAUUUUCCAGUUAUUACAGCGAGAGAAAUUCCACGUCCGGCUGCGGUUUAUAUACUACGUACAGUACGUAAAACAUUUACUUCUUCGAACUUGUCUGAACGUUUCGCUAGCCGUUUGUCCCCGUGCGGCUGGAAGAGGAGUAGAACGGCUCCGUACCAGAUUGAAUUAAACCAUGUGUCAUGUGAUUGUUACCUGCCGCUCGAUGUUAUGGACCCUGCUCAGCAUUGUGGUGGCCUUCGCUGAACUCAUUGCUUUCAUGAGCGCCGACUGGCUGAUCGGCAGGUCGAAGCCCAGCGGCUCUCCCGCCCUGACAAACCGCUCGGGCAGCGUGAGCAGCCCUUACCGCCCCACCCUGGGCCUGUACAGCCGCUGCAUCAAACUCUCCUACUCCACGAACAUCAAGCGAGAGACUCUGUGUGGUCCGUACGCUGAGAACUUUGGGGAAAUUGCCAGCGGCUUCUGGAAAGCGACGGUUAUCUUUCUGGCCACAGGUAUUCUGGUUCUGUGCGCCGUGGCUUUCGUGUCCGUCUUCACCAUGUGUGUGCAGAGCAUCCUGAAGAAGAGCAUUUUUAACAUCUGCGGAUUGCUGCAGGGAAUUGCAGGUCUCUUUUUGAUCCUUGGCCUGAUCCUGUACCCUGCUGGAUGGGGUUCUCAGAAAGUAGUGGACUACUGUGGACCUGAGGUUUCACCUUAUCAGCUGGGGGAGUGCUCUCUGGGCUGGGCCUUUUACACAGCAGUUGGUGGCACUGUCCUUACAUUCCUCUGUGCAGUUCUAUCGGCACAAGCAGAGAUUGCAACAUCCAGUGAUAAAGUACAGGAAGAAAUUGAAGAGGGCAAGAGUCUGAUCUGCUUGCUGUGAGAAGACAAAUUGCCCAAAGGCUUUUCGGAGUCUCUCGUUUUUACUUUGACAAUUUUUAAAAAAAAAUUCUGGAGCGCCAAAUGUUUUUAACUCUACUACCUUCCUCCUGUAUCUGAACUCCAUAUCCGUACAUGUACAAGUCAGAAAUGUCAGACUGAAUUCCAUUCAAAGACUGAUGAAACAGGAUGCAGGUCGGGUCACUUGAGUGGCCCACACCAGCUUACAUAGCUAGCAGCUGUGAUACAUGGAGACCUUUUGGAUGCUGUGCUUUCAUCCUGGUCUGUGAGAUUUCCUUUUAAAUUUCCUAGACUGUACAGUGUAGAGGCAGACAGUUUUUUUAAGAGCUGCCAACAGACAAAGACUUGUGUCAGUAAAGAGGCCUCAGCAGCUUUUGUUUUUAAAAAGCACAUGUAAACAAUGUUGGAUUACUGCAACAAAAAAAAAAUCACUUUUGAAUUUUUUUGUCAAGGGAAAUGAUUUCCACCAGAAAGCUUGAGUUACUGUGAGGUGCAGUGUUGGGUUUCCUAAUAUUGCAGCCAACAAUUUUUGCAAUAUGCACAGUGUACAUUUGCUCCUCUCCAUUUACACCAAGAAGCUUCGCAGAAACAUGCCUCACCAAAAAGAAUUGUGUAGCAUUAUUGAGCUCAUGGCCUGAAUACCUUAUUUAAAAUGCUACUCAAGCUGUUUCAAUUAAAAAUAUGUGAAUUGGUCCAGUUAAGUCCACAUUGUGUCUGUUGAGAGGUGCAGCUUGGCUGGUAUUUUCAGAGACUUUGUUUAACAUCAUCAGGCAACACAAGAACCUUAUUGGAAUAAAUGAAAAUCCAGAAUGGUGAUUUUUUUGUUGUUAGUCGGGUCUACAGAAACUCGUUACUGUGCUUAAGAAUAUCCAAACCAGACUGAAACUUCUGCAUACCUAUGC